CGGCAUCAACCAAACGAAGCCUUAGUCUAUUAGGGGGAGAGUUUUGGAAAUGGACUUUAGAGUCUCGGCGCCUUGUUUUGCCGACAUUCAAAAACUUUGGAUGCAUUCGAGUUUGCCCAAUACAAUAUUUAUCUUACAGUUGGAACCAAAUUACCUUCCUGUUUCUGAAAGCAGGCGAAAAAAAAUUUAAAUCUUGACCAAUUCUUGUUGUCAUUGAUUAUUUCUUAUGUUACUGUAUAUAUAGUUGCAAAUUCCUAUAUAUACAUAAGUGAAAGGGAAUAUAAUGAUAUAGAUAAAUAGAUAGAUAGAUAGAUAGAGGGAUUGGGUGCACAGGGAGGCAUGGCAAAGCAGAGUUAUUUCUUCUUCUGCCUGGUAGCCCUGGCCGCUGGACUUUUGGGUGCUACCACCGAUGGGGCAAAACCAAAACCAAGCCAUUACUCCAAGCCCUUUAACAGAAGCCGUUUUCCAGCAGGUUUCAUUUUCGGUGCUGGAUCAGCUGCUUACCAGAUUGAAGGAGCAGCUCUUGAAGAUGGAAAAGGACCAAGUGUAUGGGACACUUUCGUUAGAAAAAAUCCAGAAAGAAUCGUUGAUGGAAGUACGGGAGAUAUAGCUGUUGAUUUUUAUCAUCGUUACAAGGAGGAUAUAAAGCUGAUGAAAGAAGUUGGGUUGGAUUCCUUCAGAUUCUCCAUUUCAUGGUCUAGAAUUUUACCCGAGGGGACACUUAGCGGAGGAGUAAAUCCAUCAGGUGUCCAAUUUUACAACAACCUCAUCGAUGAGCUUCUUGCAAAUGGUUUAAAGCCCUUUGUGACAUUACUCCAUUUCGAUCAUCCACAAGCUCUUGAAGAUGAUUACGGUGGAUUUUUAAGUCCCAAAAUUGUGGAUGACUAUGUUGAUUAUGCGGAUUUUUGCUUUAAAAUGUUUGGUGACCGAGUCAAGCACUGGGUGACCAUGAAUGAACCAAAUGGGUGGAGCAUUGGAGGUGCCGAUGGCUCUGCUUCCACUUCUCCAACCGAGCCUUAUAUCUUGGCCCAUCACUUGCUUCUUUCCCAUGCAGCUGCUGUCAAACUCUACAGGGACAAGUACCAGUCAUCUCAAAAGGGAAAAAUUGGAAUUACCAUAAUAACUAAUUGGUUCAUACCAAAAUUUGAUACAACUGCCGACCACAAGGCAGCUUCCAGAGCUCUAGAUUUCCUUUUUGGAUGGUUUGUGGAUCCAGUAAUAUGUGGAGAGUAUCCAAAGAGCAUGCGGUCAUUGGUAGGGAGUAGACUGCCCAAAUUCACUGAAGCUGAGUCCAAGAUGUUAAAAGGGUCGAUCGAUUUUCUUGGUGUAAAUUACUAUACUGCAAAUUAUGCAGAAGAUGCACCUCCAUCAAACAAUGCCAACUAUGGCACUGAUAGCAGAGCAAAUGUCACAACUGAAAAGAACGGAGUUCCAAUUGGCACACCGACUGUUGUGAGCUGGCUUUUCAUAUAUCCAAAUGGCCUAAGAGAGCUGAUGGUAUAUAUAAAGGAGAAGUACAACAAUCCACCCAUUUACGUUACAGAGAACGGGGUGGCUGAAGCAAAUAAUGCUUCAUUGACAGUAAAAGAAGCGAUCAAGGAUGGUACCAGGAUUAGAUCCCUUGAUGGCCACUUGAAAUCGCUUUUAAAAGCAAUCCAGGAGGGAGUUAACAUCAAGGGUUACUACAUGUGGGCGUUUUUGGAUGACUUCGAAUGGACUUCUGGAUAUACCCUUAGGUUUGGGUUCACAUACAUUGAUUACAAGAAUAAUUUGAGAAGAUACCUUAAAUAUUCAGCUUAUUGGUUCAAGAUGUUCCUCCUUGCCUAACCUCUGCGACCUAUGGGGAUUUAUCUCCUGAACUCUGUUGCUGUAUGCAAAAUUGUUUGGUUUGAGUACUACGAAGAAAAGUGCAAUUUACGAGUUACUGUUUGAACAUCCUUCUUCUCGUCUUCAGUUUGCCUCCCCUCUAUGAUUCUUAAUUGCCAUUAUCCCCCUUUAAGGGAAAGUGUGAAAUAUCUGCAGCCCACUCAGACUUGGUUCAAAUGGUAGCACUAAGAAAGAACGAAAUUCUAGGUUCAAAUUUUGGCGCUUUCCUAUUGAGCAAAAACCAGUAAAAAGUAUCAAAUUUUUCAUUAUCC